UUAUCCAAAAUAAAAUUCUCACUCAUUGUGUCAUUGUUGGGCACCUUGGGACUUGUAGGUGUAGAUUCAUUUGGCCAACUUCACAGUUCAGACUUCAGACCUGCUGCUUUCUUCAUCCAUGGAAGCUCUGUCUAGCAUCAGUUUCUUACCAUCGUUUUCAGAGAAGCCUUGUGUUCUCCAACCUAUCAAGACGCACACUGACUGGCAUGGCAGCUGGAAUCUGAGAUCCUGUUCCACUGCAGCGCGCGGCGUCUCCUCUUCGUUCCGCGUCUCUCGAAUUGCGGCGCUUCCCGGGGAAGAAUCCGCCGGCGGAGACGGAAUUAGAGAGGAGCUAAUUAUCCGUCUGAAUAGAGCAAAUGGAUUCGGAUUAGCUUCUGAAGGACCUCCUCAUCUGUCUCAUAAGAUAGAAGGAGACGAAGAGAGAAAAUCAGAAGUGGUGACGCCAUUUGUUGUGUCACAUGGAAGCACAAGGGCUGGGCUCUUUAGAACACCAAUAUCCGGGGGAGUGCAAAGCGCAACUUCUGCUCAUGAUUUACCUAAACCAGCUUUAGCUGUUAGAAAUCUUAUGGAGCAGGCUAGGUUUGCUCAUUUGUGCACAGUCAUGUCCCAGAUGCAUCAUAGGCGAGAGGGUUAUCCAUUCGGUUCACUUGUAGAUUUUGCACCAGAUGCUAUGGGGCGUGAGUUGUUACAUUCAUGUUUAAGAAUCAAGAGUAUUCAAUACUCCACACAUGACUUCGUUCGCCCAAAUUAGUUCUUCGUUAAAUCAUCUAUCCGAAUUUGAGAACCAGUUACCCCUAUAAGGGAAGAGUUGACAUGUGGCUGCAUACUUGGAUAUUCCAGCAUACUUAGAUGUUAAAAAAGUUUUAAGUGUUCUACUACAUUUGCUGCAGUGCUUUGAUCUAGUUGUUUUGUUUUCUAUCUGCAGAUCCAAUAUUUUCAUUCUCGCCAUUAGCUAUUCACACCAGGAAUUUGUUAGCUGAUCCAAGAUGCUCAAUGGUUGUCCAGAUUCCUGGGUGGAGUGGUUUAUCAAAUGCAAGGGUAACGAUAUUAGGUGAUGUUUAUCCUCUCACAGAAGAUCAACAGGAGUGGGCUCAUAAACAGUACAUAGCAAAGCAUCAGCAAGGUCCUUCGCAACAGUGGGGAAACUUUUAUUACUUCAGGAUGCAAAAUAUAAGUGACAUAUACUUCAUUGGAGGGUUCGGAACGGUUGCUUGGGUUGAUGUGAAGGAAUAUGAAACCCUAAAGCCCGAUAAAAUUGCUGUGAAUGGUGGUGAACAGAACCUCAAGGAACUGAACGCCCUCUUUUCGAAACCCCUUAAGGAUCUUCUGUCACGAGAAACGGAGGUGGAUGAUGUCGCUCUGAUAUCGAUAGACAGCAAGGGCACUGACAUUCGUGUCCGUCAAGGCGCACAGUUCAACAUGCAGAGGAUAUCCUUUGAAGAAGGGCACUCGGUUGAAACCCUAGAAGAAGCCAAAUCAGCACUCCGGAAAUUGAUCAAUAGAGGCAAACUCCACAAUUUGCACAGAUGAAAAAUUUCUCUGGAUUGGCUGGAGAUUGUGAAACUAGGUCUACCAAAAACCAUGUAACAGUAUUACAUGUGAGAUUUCGCUUCUGAGCCUAUGUAACAUUUGAAAAAAAAGGCAGGUGACAAAGAGAUGAUCUCAAUGGAAUUGGAGUCUCAUUUGCACAGAUACUACAUUAUAAUAGAGUUAUUAGUGUUAAAAAAACUUGCAGAAACAUAGGGUUUGUUUGGGUUUUUGGAAUCCGAACGAUACAAAAGUGCAACGGAACCCGUGUGCACCCCAUAUGGUGUGUCAAAUGAUUCCAUGUGAGUCAAGCCGGGUAGGUGGGCUGAGCGGGUCAAUGUUCGCGG